GCUCAGGCUGGCACCAGGCACGGGUGGUUGUGUGCCAGGUGGGACACUGGGGUGGUGACACAGCUGUGUCAUCCCCAGAGUGUAGCUCAGGAGUGGGGUUUCCUUCUUCAGUCUUGUGUUUCUGCAAGCACGUUCAUUAAACCUUUCAUUCUUGUCCCCUGCCCAGUGGAUUUCUGGGUCAAGGCAGCAGGCUUGGCUGUCUGGGUUCUUUGUGGUUUUGGGAGUUAAAAGCCAUAAACUCUCCUUCAUCUGCAUUUCUUCCACACUCCUUCCCUUGUGGUCUUGACUUGGGGCUCCCUAGGGGAUUCUACCCUUUGUAGCUGCCGGAAGUAUGGCUGCCCAUACAGCGUCUCAUUGGGCCAUGGUGUUCUGCUCUGCAGGCCGCUUGCCCCCCUGCCCAUGGCCUGCACGGGUACGGGUCUCCCUCUGCCUCGUUCGAGGGUUUAUUUCAGAGAGUUUUGGAGCCUCUGUUGACACUCUGCCAGGCAAAGUCCUCUGAGGUGUUAAAUGGCCACUGUGUCUGUGCCUCAUGAGGGGGAGAUAGCAUGGGCAGUGUGUCGCCAGUCUCCUGUGGCAGGUUGCUAGAAAUGUAACAACUGAAGCUAUAUACGUUUGUUGCCCUGUGGUACCAGUUUGCAGUUGUGAGGAGGCAGGCUUGCCCAGCAGGGUCAUAGACACUGGAAGGACUCUUUUUCCUGACCCUAGCUUCAGUGCCUGGCAUGCCCUGGGUGUCCGGUGGAGUCUUACAGCUCAGACCACUUGUCUUGUGAACUGUGAUCUGAAGGUGACCCCACGCCUGGAAGGCCUGCAUUUCCUGUCUUCAUGGUCUCCUCACUGCAGACAUUGCCAGUUGUAUUCAGCUCAUGUCUUCCGUGCUCAGCAUGGGACACUUGGGAGGCCGGAGGAAAACCUCUGGGAACAUUUUCUCUCAUCUCUGGGGAAUCUAACAUGGGUUAUCAGGUUUUCAUAGCAGCACCAUUACCCACUGAGCCAUCUGGACAGCCCAGAAGGUUUUAUUUUAAAUUCAGAAUUUGUUUUCAACGUAUAUUAGGCUUCUAGAAUUUAGAGCGGUGUCCUGUAGUGGAGACGGAUGAGGGCAGGGGCAAAGAGUUAAGUUGAUUCUGCCACAGCUUAAUUAAAUUCAUUUCUUCAGUUAACAUGAAUUACACUUAAGUGUGGUUCAUUAAACGUCUGAAAUUCCAAUCCUUAGACUUUCAAUGAAUACCAGGGGGCUGUUCUCUCUCUCUCUCUCUCUCUCUCUCUCUCUCUCUCUCUCUCACACACACACACACACACACACACACACACACACACUCUCCAACCCAGGAGCCUGGGCAUUCACAGCAGUGCUCCUACAGGCGGUGCCCACUCAAGCCCAUCUCAGUUUUCAUCCUCCAGUGGGGCUGUGAAGCCAGACACAGUCCCAUUCCUUCCAUCUCAGUGCUUGGGUUGCAGAGGCAGGAAGAUCGAAAGCUCCAGGUCAGUCUGGGCUACGUAGAUGCUGUCUCACAAAUUGGAGAAAUGUAGGGAGAUGGAUGGGUCAGCAGGUCCAGACGCUGGGAGUUUAGUCCCUGGAACCCACAUGCUGGAAGGAGAGAACUAAUACCACAGGUUGUCACAGGCUCUCCUCGGAGCUCUACAAGCAUGCUUUGACAGUUACACACACACACACACACACACACACACACACACACACACCAAUAAAUAAAAUUAAAUACUUAAUAAAAAGAGAGUUGUGAGAAAGUACCAAGAGGCCUAAGUGUUUGUGAAGGAGAUGUCUACCAUGCAGCCUCCGUCACUUCCCCUCAAAGACAAGAUUAGGUCCUAGCUCCUAAAGUCACCAGUCACCAGCCUCCUUCUGUGAGGCGACCACGAUAACUGUCCCCAUAAAGGAACUGCACUCCAGUCUGUGCCUGUGUCUGUUUUGGGCUUCUAAUCAUCCUCUGGGUUUGUAACACACCCGGGAGUUUGAUUCCCACAGAGGACAAGAUUAGACAUUUUUGGUGUGUGGCUGGGUCAAAGUUAUGGCCCAAUCUAGAUCGACAUGGUCUGGCCCCCCGGUAAUUGUACUCCGGGCUUCAAUAGGAUGGUCCUUGGCUGCCACUCAGAUGGGAGCAGAGCAGUCAGCACAUCAUCAGUGGUUAGAGCGGAAGGACUUAGAGCACAUCUUUGGCGUAUGUGCUCCUGUGCACAGCGCUGAGUGCUGGCAGCUCCGGGGUGGCCCAGUUGAUGUUCUCUAGCUUGAGGAGGAGGCAGCCAGGACUAGGGAAGGUAGGAAAGGAGCCAUUUUAUAGGAGCUAGCCACCGGCUCCCAUUCCCAGCAUGCUCAGUGGGAGACGUCUUAACAGGUAGAUAUGGCAAUCUCUCUGGCUGGUUCAGUAGAAUAGAUGCCACAGAAGCACUUACAGUUGGCAGCAGGUGGGCUCUGUGUGGGCACAGUAGGACCUUUAACUUACCCGGAUGGCUGUGACCUUGGUCACCCGUCUGCCCUCCCCGCACUGAGCAAAAGCCCCCCCCCCCCCACUGGAGCUGGGGACCGAACCCAGGGCCUUGCACUUGCUAGGCAAGCGCUCUACCUCUGAGCUAAAUCCCCAACCCCGCAAAAGCCCUUUUCAUCCCUAGCUCCUGUGAGAUAUAGAGGGAAACCUGGUGUUGUCCUGCCUUGGUGCAAAAGAUUGUUAUUAUUGUCAUCUGUAGUGUUAUCAGUGGCCACUCAGGCCACACCCGCUAGCUAAGCUCCUAGUGAUCUCACCAGGGAAGACAUUCCCAGCCAGGUGGAGCCUGCAAGGGGAACCCCUGGGCUAGGACCAUUUCCUCCCAAGUUCUGCUGACUCAUGGGGCCACAGGGUUUGAGCUUGGGAACAACACUCUGCCUCACUUUGUUUUUUUACAGAUCUGCUUCCUCUCUUUUCUGGUCUAGUUACUUAGAAUUGUUUCACUGUCGUUACAUUGUUUGCUUGUUGCCUGUGUGUGUCUGUGCAGAUGGGAGCACGUGGUGCAACUUGCAUGAAGCAGGCAGAAGGCAAUUUAGAGGAGCCCUUGUCUCCUACCCUGUGGAUCCCAGGGACUGAACUCGGGUCACUGGGCUCAGCAACAGGGGUCUUAACCCUUGAGCCAUCUUUGAGCGAGAUGGGUCAGUAGGGAAAGAUGCUUGUCAAACCUGACAUCUAGGAUGGGUGUGUGUGUGUGUGUGUGUGUGUGUGUGUGUGUGUGUGUGUGUGUGUGUGUAGGUCAGAGGACAAAUUGAAGGAGUCAGUUCUUGCCUUCUGCCAUUGGGCCAUUGGGUUCCAGGGAUCUAACUCAUGUCCUCUGACCUACAGACACACAUACAGACACACGCACACACAUGCACACACAGUGCCAAAAUAAAACAUUGAGAAGGUUAGGACUUGGGAAAAGGAGGAAAUAAAGUUGGACCCUUACCAGAGGAACUCGAGACACAGAUAGCUGUAAGAGUUUUUGGCCUCAGAUCUGACUUCAGGUUUUCUAGUCCUCAAAGUGAAGGAAAAAACAACUGUUGCCUGACUGGUGUUACCAUGGUAAAACCAUCAACCAGAGCACCUGGUGUGAACCUCUGGUCCCAGCUACUCAGGAGUCUGAGACAGGAGAGUCACUUGUUCACCCAUCCAAGAUACCCAACCCCCACGUCCACCCCAACCCCGGGUAACAUAGCAAGACCUAUGUCAAAACAAAAAGCUCAGGCCGGCCAGUUUCUCAGAAGAGCUCUUCCUUUCAAAUACACCUCCAGAUAUCCAGGAGGAGGGAUGAGCAAGCAGGUCGCCUUAGGUGUGUGUCUUGAGUGCCAGUGUCACCUGCCCAUCCUGCCAGUUAACCAGGGUAAUCGCGGUCCUGGGAUGUGAGCGCAGCAGUAGUUGAUGCCAAAGCUACAGCCUCCCCAGAUGUCAUGUGUGGGAUGAUGAGAGGCUUCCUGACUGGCCCCAGAACCCUGCCCCUUACAAUGGGAGGCCCCACUUGGUCAAGUGAGGCUCUCAUUGUCCCAAAAUGUGGAAGAAAAUGACAAGAUUAGUUCUCAGGUGAAUCAGGAAAAGGCCCUUUUAGACCGAGAAGCACCAGGACAGCAUAGCAUCCCGGUCCAGCUUGUGUUCUGGAAAACAUCAAGUGGAAAAGGGGGAGCGGGCAAGCAAGAGGUCACUACCUGACCCAAGGGUUGGAAAGCAAAGCUGUGAAAUAUGCCAGUAAAAACUGACAGUGUGUAUGGUGUGCAUGCCUGUAAUCCCAGCCCCUAGUAGGUGGAGACUGGAAAGUCAAGAGUUCAAGGCCAGCCUGUGCUGUAUGGUGAGGUGAUGUUUCAGAAAACAAAAAGAUGGUCAGGUAGAUGGAUUGGGGUGGAGCACAGCCAUAGAACUAGCUCGAUUCCAGCUGGUUCAAUACCAGUGUGGGUGGGACAUGGAUUCUAAAGUGUGUGUGUUUUUUAAUUUUGAAAUCAUUUCAUGCUUAUAGAAAAGUUAUUUCAGUGAUGUCCUGUAUAGAAGAGACUCCAGCUCCAAAUUGCUCAUUGUGCUUAACCUGUGCUUUCCAUCCGGAACAUUGCACAGCCUUUGACUCCCGUGACCUAGAUACUUUGUAUCCACCAUUCGUUUUGUUGCUUUGUUUGUGUGAGACUGGGCCUCACUAUGUAACCCUGGGACUCCCCAGACAUCCUCCUGCCUCUGCAUCAUGGAUGCUGGAAUUAAUGGUAUACUGAGCUAAGAUCAUCAUUUAGUGAUAUGAUGCCCUUUAAGUGAGUGUGUUAAUAAUUGCUUCUGACUAGAUUUGUGCUGCAGCAUGUGAGAGAGACAGAGCCCUUGGUCCAUGGUUGCUGUACACCCAUGGAGUGGUGUAUCACUUGGUUUCUUUACCACUAGGUGUAUCCUGGGGGAAGGUAUUUUGAGAUUAUGUUAAUAUCUCGCCCUAUGGAGGUACUUCUCAAUCUAGUUGUCUAGUUUAUUUGGUUUGAUAAUGAUGAUAGUUGUUUUUGCUGACUCCAGACUUGCUGUGUAUUGAAGGGUGACUUUGAAUUCUGCUCCUCUUGGUUCCCUCACCCAAGUGCCAGGAUUACAGCUGUGGUGUGCAUCCCCACACCUGGCUUUGCAGAGCAGAGAGCCUCACGGUUGUUCACCCACCAUUCUACCAGCUGAGCUACAUCCGCAGCCUCUGAUGGGUUUGAUUAAAUAUCUGGGAGGGCCUGUGUUUUUCCGUUUCAUGUGUCAGACUUGUUACUUAUGUUGCUAAUGGGGAUCCUUGGUAGAUACAGACAAGGUAACAAUUUGCCACCCAUGGGCGGGGAAACAAAGCUUGGGGCUUUGACCUUGGAGUAGGGACUGACUGUUAGAAUGAAGAACUGUGAAUCUCCGCUAGAGCAGCCACAGAAAGCUUCCUUGAGAAGGCCUGAUUUCAGAUGUCAAGCACCGUGCGGGGAGAUGGGCGAGGAGGCUGUGAAACCUUGAGUGGACGGAGUAGCAGGCUUCUAAGGACCGCAGCAGAGGAUGCCCUGUGGGAUGUGGGAGAUCAUACAUCAGAGUCUGACUCCAAAGUCAGAUGAGCGGAUGGCACGCUUGAGCGAGAGCUUUUUCAUGGUGAAAGGAGCGGCCCUCUUCCUACAGCAGGGAAACAGCCCGCAGGGCCAGCGGAGUCUUCAGCACCCUCACAAGCAUGCAGGUGACCUGCCUCAGCACCUGCAAGUGAUGAUCAACCUCCUGCGCUGUGAAGACAGAAUCAAACUGGCCGUGCGCCUAGAGAGCGUCUGGACUGACCGUGUCCGCUACAUGGUUGUGGUGUACACCAGCGGGCGCCAGGACACCGAGGAGAACAUCUUGCUGGGAGUUGACUUUUCCAGUAAGGAGAGCAAAAGCUGUACAAUCGGGAUGGUCCUUCGACUGUGGAGCGACACCAAGAUCCACCUUGAUGGGGACGGGGGGUUCAGUGUGAGCACGGCGGGCAGGAUGCACAUAUUCAAGCCGGUGUCUGUCCAGGCCAUGUGGUCUGCCUUGCAAGUGCUUCACAAGGCCUGUGAAGUGGCUCGGAGACAUAACUACUUCCCGGGGGGAGUGGCACUCAUCUGGGCCACCUACUAUGAGAGCUGCAUCAGCUCGGAGCAGAGCUGCAUCAAUGAAUGGAACGCCAUGCAGGACCUGGAGUCCACGAGGCCCGACUCCCCCGCGCUGUUCGUGGACAAGCCGACAGAAGGAGAAAGAACUGAGCGUCUCAUUAAAGCCAAACUCCGGAGUAUCAUGAUGAGCCAGGACCUUGAGAAUGUGACUUCUAAGGAAAUCCGAAAUGAGCUGGAGAAGCAAAUGAACUGCAACCUGAAAGAGUUCAAGGAGUUCAUCGAUAACGAGAUGCUGCUCAUCUUGGGCCAGAUGGACAAGCCCUCCCUUAUCUUUGACCAUCUUUAUCUUGGCUCCGAGUGGAAUGCAUCCAAUCUGGAGGAGCUGCAGGGCUCAGGGGUCGACUACAUUUUAAAUGUCACUAGAGAAAUCGACAAUUUUUUCCCUGGCCUGUUUGCAUACCAUAACAUCCGAGUAUAUGACGAGGAGACCACGGACCUUCUUGCCCACUGGAAUGAGGCCUAUCAGUUCAUAAACAAAGCGAAAAGGAACCAUUCCAAGUGCCUGGUCCAUUGCAAGAUGGGCGUGAGCCGGUCUGCAUCCACGGUCAUAGCGUACGCCAUGAAGGAGUUUGGCUGGCCCCUGGAGAAAGCGUUUAACUAUGUGAAACAGAAGCGCAGCAUCACGCGGCCCAACGCAGGCUUUAUGAGGCAGCUGUCGGAGUAUGAAGGUAUCCUGGAUGCAAGCAAACAGCGACAUAACAAACUGUGGCGCCAGCAGCCGGCAGAUGACACCAUAGCAGAGCCCAGUGAGUUCUUGCCAGAGACCUUGGAUGGCGCCCUGGAUACUCAGCUGCCCUGUUUGGAAGAUGCCACCCACCCCGGGCUCCCGAGAAGCCUGCCCUCGGGAGGACCCUCUCUCCCCUGUUGUUUCCGAAGACUCUCGGACCCCCUCCUCCUUCCCCACCGUGAUGGUGCGGGUGGCCUGGUCCACUUAGAAGACCUUGAGAGGGAUGCUCUGUUAGAGGAUGAGGCUCAGCCAGUGGAGGUGCGCAAGCUGGUCCCGAGUUCCCAGGAAGGUGACAGGCUGUGUGAAAAGGAUGUAAAGAGGAAACUGGAGUUUGGGAGCCCCAAAGCCCGCAGCGGCUCCUUGCCUCAGGUGGAGGAGCUGGAGAAGGAUGGCAGCCCAAGACCGGGGAGGUGGAGGCGGGCCUCCACGCAGCUGGAGAGAGGUUUGCUUGACCAGGAAAACCUAAAUAACAACAACAGCAAGAGGAGCUGUCCCGAUGACUUUGAGCGUGAUGCGGUGUUUGGGAUCCUCAGCAAAGUGAAGCCUCCCUAUACAUCCUGUGCCGACUGCAUGUACCCAGCAGCUGGGGCUCCUGAGGCCUUCAUGGAGCGGCAUGAAGACCCCAGCUCCUCUGCCAUCUGCACCCAGCCGACCUUCCUCCCCCACGUCACGUCUUCCCCAAUGGCCCACACGAGCAAUAGGUCCCGAGCUCCGGAGAGGCCAACCUCAGGUCCAGCUAACACCUCUCCAUUCCUACUACCAGCGGGCUCCAGGAAGCCAGAUGUCAGUGGUUCUGGAGCCGGGGUUGCCCCGGAACCACCAGCAAGCCUUCCAGAGCCUUCCAGAGAGACCUCGAAAGCCCUUCAGAAAUCUCUCCUGUCGAAGAAUUCCCACUGUGAUAAGAACGCAGCCAAUACGGAGGCGGCGGCAAAGGAAGAACUGUCGACCAAGAAAGAUCCGAAGCCCUCAAAGGACCUGAGGCUCCUGUUCAGUCAAGAGGGGGAGAAGCCGACCGCCAAUAGCUACCUGAUGCAACAUCAGGAGUCCAUUAUCCAGUUGCAGAAGGCAGGCCUGGUCCGAAAGCACACCAAAGAGCUGGAGAGGUUGAAGAGCCUGCCUUCAGACUCACCAUCUACUUGCCGGGACAGUGCCGCCAGCAGGCUGGAGGCCAGCAUCCCCGAGGAGGGUCAGGAGCCUGCACACCCAGCCCUAGACAGCCAAGCUGGAACUGAAGAGAAGCCUGUGGGCGGAGCCUCACAGAAGAGCCCUCCGCCUACCCUCCUCCUCCGCCUAGAUCACACCAGUAAAGACUUCUCUAAAGACUUCCUGAAGUCCGCGUGCUACACUCCCACCCCCUCCUCCAUCAGCUCCAACCUGACCCGGAGCUCCAGCAGCGACAGCAUCCACAGUGUCCGAGGGAAGCCAGGGCUGGUGAAGCAGCGGGCGCAGGAGAUCGAGACGCGGCUCCGCCUGGCCGGUCUCACUGUGUCCUCCCCACUGAAACGUUCCCAUUCCCUCGCCAAGCUGGGAAGUCUCAACUUCUCCACGGAGGACCUGUCCAGUGAGGCUGACACGUCAACCAUCGCCGACUCACAGGAUGCCAAGUGCACUCUCUCUUCCUUCUUGCCCGAACCCCAGGCCGCACCUAGGAACCCCUCUGCGACCUCCAAACCAUCAGGGAAAUCCGCCCCAGAGAACUUGAAAAUCCCAGUGAGGGUGAACAAAAGCUGACUAGCUUCCAGCUCUGCGAGGUCUUCAUAAUGUCUUGAUCCGCUCUCGUGUCUUGAUUUGUGUUAACGACUUCAGCCUUCUGAGCUUUCCCCACCUAGAGCCUGUGAGGGGGAACACCCAGGGGUGGGGCCUGGGCAACCCGGGAACUGUCAGCCCGGAGUACCGUUCAGAUGCAUACACACAGGCUGGGGCUUUGUCUCAGUUGUUGAGAGUGUGUACCUGACACGCGCCAAGCCCUCGGUUUGAUUCCCCAGCAGCCCAUAAAACCAGACAAGGCUGCAUACACCCACAUCCCAACACUGGAGGUGGAAGCAGAAGGAUUAGAAGUUCAAAGUCAUCUUCAGCUACUUGGUGAGUUUUAGGCCAGCCUGGCAGAGAGAGUGAGAGAAAAAAAAAACAAAAAAAACUAUGUGUGUACAUACAAAAUACUCAGUUUGCAACGAGUAAAGGAGCCACAGUGGUGAGGUCCCCGCUGCCCAUGUUCCCGGCUCAAUCCGGUCCUCGAGGGAGAAUCCUCCGAGGACAACACAAGGCCUACCUCUCCGCUCACUGUGCAUUUCAUUUAUAAAAUAGUAAUGACCGAGGCUCGAUCCGAGGAACAAUGCUGUGUCCAGAAGGGUUUUUCCAAGAGAAUUGUGGGGGGUUUUGGGUUUGGUUUGUUUUAUUCUUUUGAGGGUGGUGACCCGCAGAAGCAUCAAGACUUUGAACCUGACUAUCCCAAGAACAGUGAGGCAAUAUCAUCAGAGGAAGGCACUUAGUGGCAGCGCCCGUUUAACAGUCCUGGUGCCCAUGGGCGGAGGCAGGGGGGUCCUCAGCUGCUGGCUUCAAGCUUACGUCACCCAAUCACAGAGAAGGGCACUGCUGAAGGGCACUGCUGAGCCUUGUCUGCUGCUAACAAGGCAUCCUGUUUGGAAUUCAGACCACCUCCGGACCUCAGGACAUGAGGUCGUGGAUCUGGGAUGUGGUUCAUCCCGCUGAGACACUGUGACCCCCACCCCCAACCCCACCCCCACUUCCACCCAAGGCUCUCAUUCAGUGCCAUCUCCACAUUUGUUGAAAGGAAAGGCAGGUCAGCAACGGGUACUUUCUUACAAGCUGCUCCCCAGGAGUCACUCUGAGAGGAGAGAGUCUGUUAAAAAAAGCUUCACAGAUGUUUAUGAAGUGUCCCUUCUCAUGGGGAGAAUAGAAUACUGCUUCCUUGUCUCCAGCUUGCCAUGCUGUAACGAUGGGGCAGAGGAGGCUUGGCCACAGCACAGGUAUGAGUGCAGGUUAGCUCAAUGAAGCAGGGGGCCUGGGUUCUGUGUUCAAAUCAUGGGCCUCUCCUGGUGCCCAUCGUGAAAAGGGACAAGCAGCGAGGCCGACCGACCAGCAGAAAGCCUUGACUUGGUGUUCGGCAAAUGGUGGCGCACAGCCCUGUGACAUCACCUGGGCUCUGUUGGUGGUUUUGGGUUUUGGUUUGGUUUGGUGUUUUGAGAUAGGGUUUCUCUGUAGACCAGGCUGGCCUCAAACUCAGAGAUCUGCCUGCCUCUACCUCCCUAGUGCUGGGAUUAACAGUGUGUGCGAACACUGGCUGGCUGGCUGCCUUCCUUCCUUCCUUCCCUUCUUCCUUUUCUUCCUCUUCUUCUUCUUCCUCUUCCCUUCCUUCCUUCCUUCCUUCCUUCCUUCCUUCCUUCCUUCCUUCCUUCUUAAUUUGAGACAAGGUCUCUCUGCAGUACCCUCUGCUGCCUUGGAACUUUCUCUGGAGACCCGGUAGGCCUCGAACUCAGCAGAGACCCAUCUGCCUCUGCCUCUCAAGGGUUUGGCUUUUGUUUUUAUUUUUGAGGUAGCCUCUCACCCUGUAGUUCAAGCUGGCCUCAAACUCACAGCAAUCCUCCUGCCUCAGCCUCCCAAAUGCUGGUUUGAUCACAGGUGUCAUCCCUUCGUGCCCCCAGGCUUAGUUGUAACAUUUUUAAGGGUAAACGGUCUAGACUUGUGAUCCUACCCUCAGGAGGCCGAGGCAGGUCCAUCGUGAGUUAAAGGGCAGUCGGGGCCACAGAGUGCGAUUCUACCUCAGAAGUGGUAAAUAACCUUGCCACCAGAAGAUGGCAUUACCUGCUUCAGAUGUCUUCUCUGCGAGCCCCGGUAGAAAGCUUGCUGACUGUUUUUUUGCGAUGCCCCAGGGCUGCUUGUAACAUGGCAGGAAGACAGGGGACAUAUUUGAAGGCUGCCUUUGCUCCUUGGAUAUCUCAGACCAAACCCUUCCCGCCUACACUUCAGACUUGCCAGCUGUCCUUUUACCUCUUGAGCAGACGGAGUCCUUGUGGAGGUGACCACAGCUCCAUCCUGCGGUUGGCUGGUUCAGCCAGACAGUUCCGUGAGACCACAACAUCUUUAAGGAUACGGUGUGUUCUGGAAGUACACGGAUGGGGGCCUCCACCGCACUGGUUAGAACGGAGUCUCAAAACGGCCAUCCUGGUGAACGCCCAAGUGUCUCUAGGAUCUAGGCCAGUUCUCUUUUCAUUCCUCUGGGGGUCUUUGUGAGCUCUGUCUCAGAACUCUUCUACCUGGCGUGACUUUUUUUUUUUUUUUAAUACAUGUGCGUUAUUUUACAGGGCUUUAUUUUCCCACUACUGUCAAUGGCAGUCACCUUAAAAAGCGAUCAUCCACUUUUUCCUGAAACCCUGUGGGUUUCUUCUAUUCUCCCCUCGGCCAACAAAAGCAAAAAAAAAAAAAAAAAAGGCCAAGUUAAUAUAUGUCGCCAAGUUCAAUUUCACAUGGUGGGUCAAUUUUUGUGUCAAAAUAAUUCCCUAGAUUUGGUAAUGAUAGGCUUCCGCUGCGUUUUUUAAUCCCAUCUGUAAGAGCGGCAGGAUUUUUGAAAACCCUCAUUUUGAAAAGCCGUAAUUUCUGUUCAAAGAGUCAGGACAGGAGGAGGGCAAACUGGAGGAGGUCUCUGGAUGCUGGCAGACUGCCUGCACCUGUCUUAGAAGAACUGGCGCACCCAGCAACCUCCCCAUCCUUAGAACCGAAUCCCUGGAGUCAUGGUUUCCACUCCUCCUGGAAGGUUGGCUCUGUCUGUCAACACGGAUCGGCCUUUAACCAGAAAGGCUUCCGUGAAACUAUCCCCUCGCUAAGCUAAGGCGUACCUCAGCAGCGGCAUCAGCUCCCGUAUUGUCUCAGGAAAAGUUUGUUCCAGCCAGGCUCGGUUGGUCGCAUACACUUGUGAUGGGGAGGCCAUUGGAUCCCUGGGUUCAAGGCUGUGUAGAACCUUGACCUCCACCCCCCACCCCUCCCCCGAAAAUGUUAGCUCUGUGAGCUGCUCUAUGCCUGGCUAGUUUAGCUGUGUGUGUGUGUAACCUUAGCAAACAAAGGUACAGGGACUUAGGCAGCGUUGAGCCACCAGUUUCGAUGGCUGCCAAUUUCACCGAAUGUCCUUGUUGAAAGAAGAGCCUUCUGCUCUGAUUGAUGGUCCGGGAACUUGGCUGCUCUUCCUCGCUCUCACUCGCCUGCACUUCCAUAGCUUCCCAAAAGCCUGAGCCAUGUGGUGGCCUUGUAUGUCCACACAGAAGGCUUCCUGACGUGUAAGGGAGAUGGGUACUGGGCAGGGGGGUGGGGUGGGGGGAGUCUGGAUGCCCGAUUGCGUGAACUAAGAGCAAGGUGUCUUUCUCAAAUCCCCCACCCCUCGUUCUCAGUACGGAAGCCCUGCUGGCCACAUGCAGUUCAUCCCCGUGGCUCUCACGGGUUCCCAGAUGGCUGCACUGCUCUGCUCCCAUUGCUAUAGCUGAAGAUCCGACCCAGCAUCCUCUGCCCGAGAAAAGCCCGGAGGGUGCCUCAGGAUGGAACCAAGAGAGAUUAGAUGUUGACAGCCGCCCUGUACUUUUGGGCACCAAUCUCAGGGACCACCCCGGAAGGCUCUCGAAUCUCCUGCUCUUCGGGGACCAUUUCUCCUUAGCAAGGACGAGAACACAAGAGACAUCACACAUCACCGCCCCUUAAAAGAGUUACCUUCUACACGCUGGCAGUUACUGGUGUGAGAAUUCAUUUCCAACCCCAGUGGGUUGGCUGAUGCUCAGCGGCACACCUAACGAAUGCCUUCAGGGUAACCCGUGUACCUAGGGUCCCUUGCCCGACCCUAGCUGUGCAAUCCAGCAGGACCAGGGAGACUCUCGCUCUUCCCCACAUUGGUUGCAAUGUCACUGCUGAUGAGGGAAACUCUCCUUCCCACCCUAAAGGCUAGGUUCCUGCUGACCGUAAGGGCAGAUGAAGGUCAUUGGUGUUCCCCUACCCAAAGCCCCUUGGUUUUGUUACUAUGGAGGUGUGAGAGUCCACUGUGUAUGGACAUAUGCAUAUAAGUAUUUGCAUAUGCGCUGUGUGUAUGUGCGUAUGCCUUGUGUAUGCAUUAUACAUACUAUACUUAAAAGUGUAUUCUACUCGAUCAAACCUGGUGUAUGCUGUUCCUCACACACUGUGGGUCCUCCAGCUUUGCAGGGAAGUCGCCCUGGACCCAUCUGCAGUGCUGCCACCAGGGGCCAUCUGGAGAAGGGUUGACUACCCCGUUCCCUUUUGCAGUAGACACCACAGUCCCUCCUUCAGUCCCUGUCUUAGACACACAGCCUCUGCCGCCCUGGCCCCUUGGCCUCGCUGCAUGAGAAGACAGCUGCUUCCUCCUCUACCCCGUAAUUAUUCUUUUACAACUGAGUGCCUUAAUAAUCGUUUACAAAUACUGUGUAUUUAUGCGCAGCCGUUCAGCUCUCAUCUUUCGUGGCUGGGUACUUCGGUCCCGGUGGUUAAGAUUAGCACCUGAGCUCGUCCCUACCCCCCAUCCACGUGUGUCACUCUGCUAUGCAGUUGACAUCCUGGGUCCUGACUACUCCACCCAGCCUGCUGAAUCCCCACAGGCUAUGCGGACAUCGGCAAACCCCGAAAACCUGAGGUAGGUAGUGAAGGACGAGAUUUGGUUUGCCAGGCAGCCGAGAGGUGGUGCAGGCCCAGCGUUCCCUGAACCACAGCCCAAGACCACACCACCUGAACCUCUCAAGGUCGCCCUCUAGUUUACAGAGGCUUGCCAACGCCUACCCUCCACCCCUUCACACUCCCUCCUCUUCUGCCUGUGUCCUGAGCUCCUUGCUACAUGGGUACAGCUCACUCCAGAGGAGGAGUGGCACCAGACCGCAUCCUUCACCUUUCAAACGCCCGCAGCCACCACCGUGCCGGAUUCCUUCGUCACAUUACAACUUCGAUGGUUUUUUUUUUUAUUGUAUUGUUUUUCUUGUUUUUUAUAUUAUAUAUUUAAGAGGCAGUAUCUUUUGUACUGUGAAUUUUCAGUAGAAGAGGCAUAGUGCACUUUUUUUUUUUUACUUCUGUUGGUGUGUACUGUACAUAAUAGUCUGCGUGCUUCUCGUGAUGAGAAUAAACACUUCCUUUAUACAUGU